AUGUAAUAAACUAAUGUACAUCCAUAAGUGCUAUUAAGCAUUUCUUCAUAAAUUUUAACAAAUAAAGUUAAUUUCCCAGGUAAAACAAUUCAUGCUGGUAUAUUAUUGGGAUUUUAUAAUGCUAAAAUAAAUAAGACAGAUAUUUUAGAUUCAUUUGAGAUAAGUUAUUCAGGUAAAGGUGAAUUAACACCAGGAGAGAUUGAUUUUUUAAAGGAAAGAUAAUAAUUAAGAUUAAAAGGUGAUAAAUGGAAUCUCUUUAAGAAUUUGGAUAUUGUAGGUUAAUUUAAUAAUUACUAUUGUAGGUUGGUAUAUUACAGAUAGUAAUCCACAUAAUUAUUUGAAAUUACAUAAGUAAUUACAAACUUUAAGUGAAGCUGAAAUAACAGAAAAUUAAACAUCAUUCUUUAAAUAUUUAUUAUGCUUUGAUCCACUUAGUACUUAAACAUCUUUGUUUGAAUUAGAAGAGAAUAAAAUGUAAGUAUCUUAAAGUAAAAUUGAACCUCAAUCAGAAGAGAUGAUUGGUAUUACAUCUUUAUUUUCUUAACAAAAAUCAUAAUCAAAUAAAAAGUAUGAUUUAAGAGUUAAUUCAUAACUUUAAAUGAUUACUUUUUUAGAAGUAUAUUAUUUUAUAUAUUUAAUUUAAUAGAAAAUGUUAUAAAAAUUAUUAUAAUAAUUAGAUGAUCCAUAAAUUGCAAAUGAUCCUUUGGCUUUAUUAAAGAUUAAUGAGGUCUUGAUUUCAUUUCCUCAAAUUAAUCAAUAAAAUAUUGAAGAAGACUAUUUUAAGCUUUUAAUAAUCAGUUAUUAUUGUGCAAUUUUAAAGUUAGAUGUAACAAAAAAUAAACAAUAGGAUUGA